AAAACUUCUCUAAAUUGGAUGAAGAAAUUUGAGUCAACAAUCAAAACGAAAAAUCAAGUUGUUAAAGAAGUCAAAGAAGUCGCUGAGGUUGUUAAAAAGCUUGCAGAUAAGGAAUCAGUUCAGUCCCAUGCAAGUCUUAAGCAAAAAUUAUCCCUGGCCUGGAACAGACAGGUGAAUCGAUAUCAUGUGCUCUUCGGUGUUGGAGAUGACGGAGAUAAAGACAAUAUCCGCAAAAGGAUACAAUGGAAGUCACUCUCGGCCAGGGAAAUUUAUACAUCAGGAAGUUUUAUAUGUCCAUAG